ACAUAUCGCUCUCCCCAUGCAGUGAGGAUCAUGUGUGGUGAUGCUGACUGAACUAUGCUGCACCCAUGCGAGGUCAGCAGGGCGAUAAGGAGCAUUUAAUGAGAUAACCGCUUUUCUAAACCUAAAAACAAAAGGGAAAACAUCGCUGUGCGCGUGCACGUGCAUCUGCCUGCCUCUUUAACGCGCAUUGUGACUCUCCCGCCCUUGCCCAGACUGCGCUUUCAACCUCGUGACUACUCGCUGUCCACUCAACGCUCGUUGAGGUGGACGCGCACGGGCGCGUGGCCGCGCACGUUCAGUUGCAAUAGACUAAACGGGCACGUGUACGUGCGCGUACUCGUGUUCUUUGUGUGGCAGUGUAGAGAAGCGCCAAAAGAGUGACCAUGGCUGAUGAAAAACCAAAGGAAUCAGUGAAGACAGAAAACAAUGAACACAUAAACCUGAAGGUAGCGGGUCAGGAUGGAUCUGUAGUGCAGUUCAAGAUCAAAAGACACACACCGCUCAUCAAACUCAUGAAGGCCUACUGCGAGAGACAGGGACUGUCAAUGAGGCAAAUCAGGUUCAGAUUUGACGGGCAGCCAAUAAACGAGACAGACACACCAGCACAGAUGCCAGUUGUAUUCACUGCAGUUUGUGGCUGGAGUAACCACAACUUGCAUGUUAUUGCAGUGCCAUCCAACCUUGUCCACAGUGCAGCCUUCAAAGCCAAAUACAUUGGAAAUGGAAGAUGAAGAUACGAUCGAUGUGUUUCAACAACAGACGGGCGGACGGAUUUAAUCGGCCACGUGCAUCACCACUUUCUUCCUGGACACCACCAACUUUCCUGGCCUCUGAGGCACACAGCGCCUGCUUCUUCGCAGCUCGUCUCAACAGAAUUCCACGCAGAAGAAGUUUCCCGUUUCUCUGCUACACAUAACUGCUGUAUAUUUUCAUUCGCGCCCCUUUUACUUUUCUGUCUUUGUACAUAAGCCACAUCCACGUCACCCUGAGUUCAGAUUUUGUUUUUCCAUGCUGUAUUGUGAUAAGUGUUAAGGACUUCCCUUCCAGACUGUUAGGACUGGUGAUAGAGUGAGCAUUAAGUAAAACUGACUUUAUUGAUCAAAAUCUGCUCAGCUGAUCUUGGUCGGUGGCCAGCAAAUCUGUUCUUAAAGUGUACAAUUUUUGGAACUGGCUGUCACUUAGUGAACCAUAUGCCAAGUAUGGGGAUCACGGGAUAUGCUGACAUUUGGGUUCUGUCAUAUUCACAAAACAUAUUUGAUUUUUUACAUUUUUUAAAAAUAGUACUGGAUGUGUAGAGGAAUGUUCUGAGAAAUCGUUUUUGCUAGGCCACUUCAAAUUUUGGGAAGCCCUAAGAGAUGUUCCAGCAAAAUAAACAUCUGUAUUGUCUAUUAAGAUGCUUGUUGAAAUAAAGCUAUUGUCUUUUUCCAAACUUU